UAGAAAUUAGGGUUUUUUUGCAUCGCCGCUAAGCUCUCAACUCCGUCUCUCACCGAGCCGUAGCCUUCAGAAUGGAUUCUCAAAUUAAGCACGCCGUGGUGGUGAAAGUGAUGGGACGUACAGGGUCCAGGGGUCAGGUGACUCAGGUCAGAGUGAAGUUCACAGACUCUGAUCGUUUCAUCAUGAGGAACGUUAAGGGACCCGUGAGAGAAGGAGAUAUCCUCACCUUGCUCGAGUCUGAGAGAGAAGCCAGGAGACUUCGUUGAUUCGUCUUGUUCUUGUUCCUUCUCCACUAGUAGAAACAAGAAGACAGAAAAAAAUGUCUGUUUAUCUCUCUUUUUGCAAUCUGUGACUGGAUUAGUGAUUUAUGCUUUUGAAUCGAAUUUUGUUUCUGCUGUAAGACAUUUCAUGGAUUGAUUUUUAUGUUCUGGUCUAUUAUCUUUUGUUUUGAAUCUCGAUACUAUCAGUAUAAUUCUGGUUAAAACCGAUUUCUUUUAUAGUCUUGACUUUUAUAUAAGCAGUGGUUUGUCCCUGCGUUCAGGGAUGGAUUUGAACGAGAUUGCAGGUGUU